ACUUCCCCUCUUGCAUGCCUGAAUGCGAUGCUGCACACAAAUUCUCGUGGUGAAGAAGGCAUCUUCUACAAGGUGCCUGGUCGAAUGGGAGUGUAUACUCUGAAGAAGGACGUGCCGGACGGGGUGAAAGAGCUCUCCGAAGGCUCAGAAGAAAGCAGUGAUGGUCAGUCUGAUUCCCAGAGCUCAGAGAACAGCAGCAGCAGCAGUGAUGGCGGCAGCAACAAGGAGAGCAAAAAGAGCCGGUGGAAGAGGAAAGUAUCGUCUCGACUGUCCCAGCCAUCCUCUCCUCAGUCAGGCUGCCCAUCACCCACCAUCCCAGCAGGUAAAGUCAUUUCUCCAUCACAGAAGCACAGCAAGAAGGCACUAAAGCAGGCUUUAAAACAGCAACAGCAGAAGAAGCAGCAGCAGCAGCAAUGCAGGCCGAGCAUGUCCCUCUCCUCCAGCCAGCAUCUGUCCCUCAAACCUGUCAGAGCAGCUAGUGAUGCUGGAGCAACCAAACCUGCCCUUUGGGAAGGAAAGCAGUGUGAUGGACAGGCCAGCAGCCCUCAGAACGCAAACUCGAGCUUUUCUUCAGUCAAAGUGGAAAGCCCUUUACUAGGCUUGGGAAAGAAGUCAUUUCAGAGAUCUGACAGACUUCAUACAAGGCAGAUGAAGAGGACGAAGUGUGCGGACAUUGACGUGGAGACACCUGACUCCAUUUUGGUUAACACGAACCUGCGGGCGCUGAUCAACAAACACACUUUCUCGGGCCUGCCCGGAGACUGUCAGCAACGUCUGCUGUUGCUCCUGCCUGAGGUGGACCGGCAGGUUGGCCCAGAUGGCCUGAUGAAGUUAAAUGGUUCUGCCCUCAACAAUGAGUUUUUCACCUCUGCAGCCCAGGGCUGGAAAGAAAGACUCUCAGAAGGUGAGUUUACACCUGAGAUGCAGGUGAGAAUUCGACAAGAGAUUGAGAAGGAAAAAAGAGUGGAGCCGUGGAAAGAACAGUUCUUUGAAAGCUACUAUGGCCAGAGUUCGGGCCUGAGCCUAGAGGAUUCAAGGAAAUUGACAGCUUUUCCCAGCGAUCCCAAAGUAAAGAAAACCCCAGAUGAACAACCCAAAGCAUUAUCGUCUCUAGAGGCACCCCCUGUCAGUAUAGCCCCAGUCGUUUCGCAGUUCGAGCCCACCAAGGAAGAAAUUGUGCAGAUGCCAUCACCAGUCAAAAAAGAAGCGCCUGAAAGCCCAGUGAAGGGGCAGCCAAGCAACUCCCCAUGCCCAGAGCCUCUUUCCCUCCCUGUUAGCAGUCCCAAGGAGCUCAGCGGUCUUCCUUCGAAGUGCCCAAAGGAAGAGCCACCCCUGGAACAGAAGCCAGUUGUCUCUGUGGAACAAGAGUCUGAAAAAGAGAAUCAUCUCACUAGCACAUCGAGUUGUGACAAAAACGAAAGCCAAGAAGUUGUGGUGACACCACAAGAACCCAAGAGUCCUGCGACAGAGACACCCGCCGUCAAGGCCAGUGAAGAGACAGUUCCACAGGAAACCUCCACAAAAGAGCCUGCGUCAGGUCCCACUGAACACAACCUCGAAGGCCUUAAGCGUAAAUCCUCGCUCACACAGGAAGAGGUUCCUGCAGGCUGGGAGAAGAGACCGCGGGUCACCGAGAAUCCUGUCACUGACAAUCGCCAGCAGCCACAGCCAUUUCCCAUCUCAUCGCAGCCCUUUCUCCCUCGAAUGGACAAAGUCCAGGUGCGCAGAGUCCCACCUCUCAAGAUCCCGGUCUCCAGGAUCUCCCCGCUGUCAUUUCCUACAUCGCAGGUCUCUCCCAGGGCUCGUUUUCCAAUCGCCAUCACUAGUCCUAACAGAACCGGAGCCAGAACCCUGGCUGACAUCAAAGCAAAAGCCCAGCUGGUCAAAGCUCAGAGGGCAGCGGCGGCGGCUGCGGCGGCUGCCGCCGCCGCUGCCUCUGUUGGAGGGACCAUCCCUGGACCUGGCCCCGGGGGCGGACAAGGCCCUGGGGAGAGACCGGCCACCGAAGGAGGGAGCCUGGCCACAGCCGGAGCCGGAGCUGCUGGAAAGGGCGCCACCUUGGGACUGGCAGACACUGGAAGCCGGGGAGGUACGAGAGACCUUCUACCCUGUGGCCCAGAGUCACAGCCUCCUCGUGGCCUUGGAGCACAACUACAGCAAACCCCCUCAGUGCCUCCCACCCCUGCCAGCAGAGGUACCUGCCUCCCCUUUUCAGCCCACAUGAGCACCCCAUCCCCAACAUUAGGGCACAUGAAGAAUGAAAGACUUAAUCCCACCCGGGCAGCAGCCCCCGGGAGCUGCAGGCAGGAGAAAGCACCUUUACCCCCCACUGCUCCUGCUCUCCACCCAGGGCCUCCCCUUGGUCAGGAUGCCGCUGAGAACCCAUCAGAGCCCCAAGCAGGUUCAGGAAAGAACACCCCAAACCCUGUGGCCUCCACAGACACAAGUGCCAGUGCUUCAGUGGCUCCAUCCCCCUUACUCAAGACACCUCCUCUGACCAUAGCCACUUUAGAAAAGCUUCCUGGGCAGCAGGUCAGUGCCACACCAGCACCUCCUGCACAUGCUCCGGCCUCCAGCACCUUGCCAGCAGUGUCCAGCCUUAAAACUCCGGGAGCCACCUCUCACAUGAACGGGCCUAUGUCCAGGCCCAGCUCUAGUAUCCCCGCUAACAAUCCUUUGGUCACGCAGCUGCUCCAGGGCAAAGACGUUCCCCUGGAGCAAAUUCUGCCCAAACCGCUCACCAAAGUUGAAAUGAAAACUGUUCCACUGACCCCAAAAGAGGACCAGGCACUAGGGACGCCUGAGGGACCCACCGGCAUGGAGAGCAGUGCCGGAGAUGAGGGUCAGGAAGUGCCACCCCAGCCAGCAGGCCCACAACCUGGCCCAGCCUUGCCGAGUAAGCAGCUCCCCCAGAUGGCCAGACCUCUGCAGGUCUUCUCAGGUAAGGACCUGAGGGACCCUGGCAUUGAAUUGCCCCAGUACCAAGAAGGACUAAACAAAACCACCCACGACCAGAUGCUUCAGACCCUCAUCCAGAGGGUUCGGAGGCAGAAUGUUCUUCCGCUGGUCCAGCCAUCCCAGUUCAGCUUCCCCCACUCAGGUUUCCAGCCCGAAGACAUCUCCACCAGCCAGAGGUUCAUGCUGGGCUUCGCAGGCAGAAGGACCUCCAGGCCUGCCAUGUCAGGUCACUACUUACUGAACAUCUCCACCUUCCGGAGGACCCAGCCCAUUGGUGUAGAUGACCGCUUCUGUGGUGGCAGCCCCAGCGAACCUCUGAAACGGGGCUCAUCAGACUGUGAGCCCAUAGCAGGAGACAGUGGCAGCCACCGAGACGAGGACACUGACGAUGACAGUGAUAACGACAGUGCCGGGGAGGAGCUGGACUCCAAUAUGGGCACGGAAGGAGGCGAGGCCAGCUCAGGACCCCCCAGCAGAGCACUCCUUGCCACCCAGGAUGGCUUAGUUCAGAAGACUGUGAAGGCAGAGACCCCAGGGUCUGAGCAGCCUCCUUUAAGCAAGGGGACUUACUUGUUCACCAGAGGCCCAGCCAUGGAUGGGCAGGCACUGGCCCGAGAUUUUAUCCAGGCUGCCCAGAAGCAGAUUGCCCAGGCAGUGCGGGGUAAGUCGGGCCAGGGCAGCCCCGAGCUCUUCAGUACCACCCUGCCACGCCCUGCAGACAGCCCUGGCCACCAGCCGCUCCUCCUUCCGCCCCUCCGAACCCCCCAGCUCGGUUCAGGCUACCGGGGCCUGAUCAACAUGUCUUCAUCCGACCUGGACCAGAGCUCAAUUGCAGCAGGGCUGCCUGACACUACCCAGGUGCCCAGCAAUGUGGGUGACGUCAUGUCCUUCUCGGUGACUGUCACCACAAUCCCAGCUGGUCAGGCCCUAAACCCUAGCAGCCACGGCCAGAACCUCCCCGUGCAGGCCUUCACAGAGGAGAACAGCCUCGAGGAUCCCCCCGCCAAGUGUUACUGCCGCUUGAAAGCCAUGAUCAUGUGCAAGGGCUGCGGUGCCUUCUGCCAUGAUGAUUGCAUCGGGCCCUCCAAACUCUGCGUCUCCUGCCUCGUGGUCCGGUAACAUGCCCGGGCAGAGGGGAGGAGGCGGGGUUAGAAUCACAGAA